AUGACGAACUAUUUUGUUUCAGAAAAGUACAAGAUACCUCGUAGUACGGUAAUACUGAAGCUAAAGGCUCAUCGUAAUAGCAACGUACAUGUUACAGGUCUGGUAGUAGAUAGCCCAAUCAGAGACGAAGAGGAAAUAGAGAAUAUGCUUUUACCUUCUGGAGAAGUCAUCAAGAAAAAGAGACCGAUAAUACACAGUUCAAGCAGCGAUGAAGAGGAAUUCUUCACGGAAGAAGAAAAAUCUGAAAAUACUACAGGCGCAAACAUCAUAAGCUUCGAGAGUUCUCUACCCGAAAAAGAUGAUUUUGUUUCAGUUGAGUACGAUGGUGAUUACUGGCCGGGCAGGUGGUUACAAGUAGAAAGUGAGGGAGCUUUUAUAAAAUGCAUGGCAAAAUGUGGAAAACUGUGGAGAUGGCCAGAAAAGGAGGACUGCAUAUUUUAUGCCAAAAACGAAAUUAAGCUUUCCUUUGCCUCCACCACAGCUUCGCUAUACUUUGAUGGCGAUACAGCUCCAGUAUUCCAGACAGGCAUAACCGAGAAGAGACCUGGAGGAGGUGCUUGGGGUUGCGGUAAGCUCCUGGAGGCGAGUAGGAGGAAGUCACCUGUCAAUCAAACGGCGGCUACGAAAUUGAUCGGAAUCUCUGCUGCACUGACAGGCACUAAUAGAUUCAGAUUGAAUCACAACGUACAAUCUUCUUUAAAACUUCUAGCUAGAUAA